AUUCCCAACUGGGGACGCAGGAGUUCGCUUCGGAAUCCGUGGACGCCGGAGACCUGGAGCCAACCACCCGGCCGGUCGUGGCGGCGCUCGACAACAUCCCUCCGCCAGGCGUUCGAGCAGCGCGCUUCGGACAUUCACCUCGAGCCGAAGCGCGACCGGGCAGUCGUGCGGUUUCGGGUGGACGGCGUCCUGCGCACGAUGCACACCUUCCCUCGCAUCGUCUAUCAGGCGGUGGUGAGUCGUCUCAAGAUGCUCAGCGGACUCGACAUCGCCGAAAAGCGCCGGCCUCAGGAUGGCCGCUUCAAGCGGAUCGAACCCGACAAGGAGAUCGAGCUGCGGGUCUCGACACUCCCCACCAUCUUCGGCGAGAAGGCGGUACUCCGGGUGUUCGACCCGGCGGCGCUCGUUUCCUCCCUGGAGCAGUUGAGACUGACCGAAGACGACGAAACCCGGCUGCGGCAAAUGCUGGGCCGCCGCGAGGGUCUGGUGCUGGUCACCGGUCCCACCGGGAGCGGCAAAACCACAACGCUCUACUCGGUGCUCCGUCACCUCGCGACUCCCGAAGUCAACGUCGUCACCAUCGAGGAUCCGGUGGAACUGAUCUAUCCGCCGCUCAGCCAGGUUCAGGUGAAUCCGCGCAUCCGCCUCACCUUCGCGGCCACCAUCCGCAGCGUGCUCCGGCAGGAUCCCGACAUCGUGAUGGUGGGCGAGAUUCGGGACCGGGAGACCGCCGAGAUGGCAGUGCAGGCGGCCCUGACCGGGCAUCUGGUUCUCUCCACGCUACACACCAACGACGCUCCCGGAGCGAUCACCCGGCUCGCCGAUCUCGGAGUGCCACGGUUUCUGAUCGGGACCACCCUGGUGGGCGUGGUAGCCCAGCGUCUCGUGCGCACCAUUUGCAGUGGCUGUACUCGCGAGACGCGGGUGUCGGCCGAGGAAGCCCGCACCCUCCUGAUCGGGAAAUCCAGGGGGCGGCUCGUUCGGCAGGGACGCGGCUGCGCGCGCUGCCGGGACACCGGCUACCGGGGUCGCAGGGGAAUCUUCGAGAUCCUCACCAUCGACUCCGAAGCCGCGGCCGACAUCCUUGGCGGCUGCACGGCCGAGGACCUGGCGCGCUCCGCCCGCCGGCGGGGCAUCCCGGAUUUGCGCCAGGCAGCGGUGGGUCGACUCCUCGAAGGCGACACUACGGUCGCGGAGGUGAUCCGGGUGACCGGCGUGGGUCAAAUCCCGCGCUCGGCCGCGGCGCCGCCGCGUGGGGCCGCGGCGGACCGCAGGGGCGACGAGCGCUCAGUAGCCCAGGGCGCGGCUGAUCACGAGGAGCAGCGCCGGGAUCCCGUAGAACGCAACGAUCACGUAACCGACCGCCGCGGCCUUGUUCGCCACCGCGAUCUCCGCGAGGCGGCGCGCACCCGCCAGCGGGAUUUGCCGGAUCCUGGGAACCGGGUAGAUGAGCAGAAUCCCGGCCAGGUUGAAGAGGAGGUGCACCACCGCCAACUGGAAUCCCCAGUGGGCAUUGGGGCCGGAAACCGCGAGAGCUGCCAGGAAGGCGGUGAGUGUCGUUCCGACGUUGGCGCCCAGGGUGACCGGGAAAGCGUCAUCAAGGAGCAAGAGCCCCGCCCCGGCGAGGGGGACCAGCAUCGAGGUGGUUACCGAACUGGAUUGGACCAGAAUCGUGACGAUCGCUCCCACACCCAUGGCCGCAAGCGCGUGGCUGCCGAGCACCCGGUGAAUGACGGCCUCGCCCCGACCCGCGGAAAGGCUCUUCAGGGUGCGAACCAGCAAUCCGAGGGCCACCACCAGGAGCACCACCGAGACGAUGGCCAGGAUGGCGGCAGCCGCCUGAUCCGAACCGGUGACGACGCCGGCGAACCACUCGAUCGGCCUCGGAACCAGUUGAAUGACACCCUUGAGCGGGCUCUCGUAGUCGAUUCCGCUGCCCAGUGCCCCUCCGAAGAUCUCCGCCACCACCCGGACAGGCGCGCCAGGAAACCGGUGGCCAUCUCGAGCGGCAGCAGGAUGCCCACCGCCAUCAGAUUGAACAAGUCGUGGCAGGUCGCCACGGCAAAGGCCCGCCGCAGUUCCUGGCCGGCUCUCAGGUGCCCGAGGGCGGCGAUCGUGUUCGUGACCGUGGUCCCGACGUUGGCGCCCAUCACCAUGGGGAUGGCGCUCUCGAACGGCAACGGGGACCCGGGAGCAGCCACCAAACCGACGAUGAGGGAACUGGUCACCGAGGAACUCUGCACCAGGGUAGUGGCCAGAAUUCCGAUGAGGAGGCCGACGAGGGGGUUCGCCGAGGCCCGAAAAAAGCUGUCGAGGAGCCCGGACCCGAGGCCCUCGAAACCCGCCCCCGAGGCCGUCAAUCGCUCCCAGAAAGAGGAUGAAGAGCAGAAUCAGGCCGACGAAUCGGGAGACCUGGCGGAAUCGGGAGACCCGGCCGGACACGCUCCUACCGGAUUCGCUGCUCGACAUCCCCGGCUCCCGCGCGCGGUCUAUACCGAGUCCGGCCACGGAUCAGAGCGUCAGCGACAGGAAGACCGAAGGGAAGAACGACCGACGCCGGAAGACUGGGAAGGCGGGUGA